AUGAUACCACAAGAAAUCCCUCGACCUGCAUCUACACCUGCGUUAUCGUCACCGCCGUCUAUUGUACAAGAACUACAGCAGCAAAGGUCCGCAAGUAGCGUAUCCUCUGCCAGCACCCUCAAAUCCUCACCUACAAUGCUUGGCACUUCUCCUCCAACUGUUCUCCACCACGACAACAAUGAAAACAGCAGCAACAGCAGCAAUAAGGGUCAACAUUGCUACCCUGUUUGCCGCCAGAAGCAUACCAUGUCGCAGAGUGAGGAAGCAGCUUCACAUACCGACAGCUGGAUUGACGUAAGCAGUGUUCACUCUCUUCCGACACCAGCUCUUGGACCGCAAGAAAUUGUUGGUGAUGAUGUGCCAUCUGAUAUGUCUCAUCAAUCAAAGCAAACCAAUGGCUUUCAUCGACAGCAGCAGCAACAAGAUGAUCGUCGUACUACUCCUCCAGUCGAUGAUAAUGUCGACGAGCGUGGCAAUCCUGCCGCAUGUAUCUUUGUUGCAAGUUUGACUAAAGCAAAGAAUGACGAAGAGCUCAAUAUUUCGGUGUCAAAACAUUUCGAACAAUGGGGAGACUUAUUGAACGUCAAGGUGCUCAAGGAUUGGAUGGGUCGCCCUUAUGCUUUUGUCCAGUUUGUGCGUACUCAAGAUGCCCUGGUGGCCCUUUCAAAGGCACCUGGAACAUUAUUGGACGGCCGUAACAUCCGUUGUGAGCCCGCACGUGUCAAUCGCACUUUAUGCAUCACUUCUUGCGGACCCCCUUUGAUUGUCGAGGAAAUUCAAGCUGAAGUGGCACAAUAUGGCAAGAUCGAAAACAUCACCGUCCUCCACGGAUAUCCUACUCCCAACGGCGGUCUGGGAGACUGCGCUUUUGUAAAGUACAAUUAUCGUGAUGAUGCCAUCAAGUCUUUUAUUAAUCUGUCAAAAAUGACCCAAAAGUGGUGGGUUGAAUGGGCAUCCAAUCUUGACACAGCUGUCGCUAAUGUCCCUGUUACCAGGCCAUCUGCCCUUGCACUGCAAAGUUCCAGACACCUGAAUGAUCGCAAGAGCAUCUUUAUUGGAAACUUGCUUGAAGAAGUGACCGAAGACGAGCUCAAGGGCCGUUUCAAGCAAUACGGUUCGAUUGAAUAUGCCCGAAUCAUACGCAAGACAUAUCCAUUCAAAUGCACAUUUGCGUUUAUUCGCUACAAGGAGGAUUCUGAGGCUAACAAUGCCAUUCAAGCUGAGAAUGGACUCAAAUGGUGUAACAAGAAAAUACGUGUAGCGUACCGCGAACCACGCGAUUCAGCGUUGCUUUUCGGUGGUGGCGUCAGCGGUGCCGGAGGCUACAAAGUACAGUACGGACGUACGGCUAUGGAACGACCACAUCCACCUGGCUUGGGCCACCCUGCUUCAGAUCAUCAAUAUCUAGUGUCAUCGCCUGGCGGCAAACAGCGUCGUCCUUCCGCCACCAAUGGGCACAUCAACAACAGGAAGCAAGGAGGAACUGGCUCUUCGUCGAGUGAAAGAACCGGUCUCAAAAAGAGCAUCCACGGCGAAAAGCAUGCAACUGACGAGACUCAUCAGCAGUCUCAGCAACAGCUCUCAGCAGUUUCCGGCGAUGGUGAUGCUGAUGCUGGGCACGAACAACAUCAGCAACGCACCAGCAAAGAUUACAACGUCAGCGGAAGUAAUAAGAGCAACAACAAAGGAUGCAGACAACAGCAGCAGCAGUGCAUUACUCCACCACACAAUACUACUAGCGCUGGUGGUAACAAAACCUCCACUACUCCGCCUCCUCCUGGAUACAGCGGCUAUUACAGCAACCAUCAACAACACUAUCCACAAGGUGGCAGCGGCGGCAGCGAUUUCUAUCAUCAUCCUCUAAACACUCAGCAGCAUAACCAGUAUGUGAUGCCUGCCCAUCCACCGACCGCAGCAGUUCCAGGCUACUAUGACCCGAACAUGUAUUGCCCUCUGCCUCCUGGAGGACUUAUGUAUUCGAAUCCGGAAGACCACCACCAGCAGCAACCUGUGAUGAUGCUCGGAUCGAUGCAAGGAACAACAUCAGCACCUGAAGCCAAGAAUGGCACCAUCUCCAGCGGCAAUAAUAUGUUCUAUGUUCCGGGCUAUUAUGACUACUCUGGCACAUAUUAUCCUUGUUAUUCACCAGUGCCGACAGCACCAACGGGUCUUGCACCAACCACUUCCAUGGGUGCAGGAGCUCCUUCGCUGACUUCAGCCAAUGCUGCAAAUGGGCCUUUUGUCGGCAAUGGACUUGGAUCGGCCGACAGCGGUAAUAAGCAACAACAACAACAACAACAAACACUGCGAUCCUCGGUUACUGGCGGCGGAUAUUACUAUAUGCUACCACCAACACCACAUCAUUCUCUGCAAUAUCCGCAGGCCAUGCAACAAGCACCCCAUACCGGUCCUGCUAACGCAUACAUUUGUCCAGCGCAGCAGUACAACGCGAGAGGCUAUAACAACAACAGCAACAACGGCAAUAUGCAUUCGCUUUCACAGACACAUGAGCGACCUAAGGAUCAUAGCAAGCAUCCCCAUCCAACCAACAAGCAGCAACAACAUAGCAGUGUGAAUGCUACGCUAUCUAUGGAUCCCAAGAAUCGGAAGAAGGUUAACAAUACAGUGCCGCCCCAGCCAUCGUUGCAACAACAAGCUAACAAAACCAAUGACCCCGCUGGUACUACUGGAUCUGGUCAUCACUAUCACCAUAACGGUGUCAACCAAGCGCACAAGACCAUCAAGACCUAGUUUGUUGUAGUCGGUCAGUCGAAAGCACAAAGUAACAAUAAAAUCAGUUGUUGUGAAGAUUGAAUAGCAA